CAGGCCGCGCAAGGGCGCUGUAGCUGCCAGUGCCGCUGUCAUGGCGUCUGAGGCGCUGUCUGAGGAGAACCCACCGCGGUCUCUUUAGAGCGAGGGGCGGGCGGCUGGGUAUGGAGAGCGGCCCUGAGAGCCUGCAGCCGCUAGAACACGGAGUGGCCGCCGGGCCGGCGCCAGGGACAGGUUCUCCGCAGGAAGGGCGACAGGAGACCAGGCUCGCCGCUGGGGAUGGUCCUGGAGUAUGGGCGGCGGAGAGCAGCGGCGGGAAGGGGCAGGGGGCGGCAGCCGCCGGGAGGAGCCUCUCGGACUCGGCUUCUCCCGCCGGCUCGCCUCGGGUUCUCGUACCCUGCAGCUCCCUCCCGGACUUGGACUUGAAGGGGAGCGAUUUGGAGAGUCCUGCUGCCCAGAAGGCGCCUCUGACAGGGCAGCACAAGGUGACCGCCUCCCCGGAGGCAGCUGAGGCCGGAGCCGACCAUGAGUUGGUUCCGGCCGGAGAGGCGGGCGCCCUCGCGGAUCAAGCCGGCACCUGCCGGGCAGAGUCGGCGGCCGCGGGCUUCGAGGAACCCAGGAGCGGCGGCGGCCUCAGCAGCAGUUGCAGCGACCCGAGCCCUCCCGGGGAAUCGCCGAGCCUGGACUCCCUGGAGUCGUUCUCUAACCUGCAUUCUUUCCCGAGUAGCUCCGAGUUCAAUAGUGAGGAAGGAGCUGAGAACAGGGUCCCCGAGGAGGAGGAGGGAGCGGCGGUGUUGCCCCGGGCUGUGCCUCUGUGCCGAGAGGAGGAGCAGGAGGAGGCGGAGGCAGCCCAGGUGCUGGCGGCCUCCAAGGAACGCUUCCCGGGACAAUCUGUUUAUCAUAUCAAGUGGAUCCAGUGGAAGGAAGAGAACACACCCAUCAUCACGCAGAAUGAGAAUGGCCCCUGCCCUUUACUGGCCAUCCUCAAUGUUUUGCUUCUGGCCUGGAAGGUGAAACUUCCACCGAUGAUGGAAAUCAUAACUGCUGAACAGCUGAUGGAAUAUUUAGGAGACUAUAUGCUUGAUACAAAGCCAAAAGAAAUUUCAGAAAUUCAACGUUUAAACUAUGAGCAGAAUAUGAGUGAUGCUAUGGCAGUACUGCACAAACUACAGACAGGCUUGGAUGUAAAUGUAAAAUUCACUGGUGUUCGAGUGUUUGAAUAUACACCAGAAUGCAUAGUAUUUGAUCUUCUUGAUAUUCCUUUGUACCAUGGAUGGCUAGUGGACCCUCAGAUUGAUGACAUUGUAAAAGCUGUUGGUAACUGCAGCUACAACCAGCUAGUGGAGAAGAUCAUCUCUUGUAAGCAGUCAGACAACAGUGAGCUGGUUAGUGAAGGCUUUGUAGCUGAGCAGUUUCUAAAUAACACAGCCACUCAACUGACAUACCAUGGAUUAUGUGAACUAACUUCAACGGUUCAGGAAGGAGAACUUUGUGUGUUCUUUCGGAAUAAUCAUUUUAGCACCAUGACCAAAUACAAGGGUCUGCUGUAUUUGUUGGUAACAGACCAGGGGUUUCUCACUGAAGAAAAAGUUGUUUGGGAAAGCCUACACAAUGUCGAUGGUGAUGGAAAUUUCUGUGACUCAGAAUUUCAUCUGCGGCCUCCUUCUGAUCCGGAAACUGUAUACAGAGGACAACAAGAUCAGAUAGAUCAGGACUAUCUUAUGGCAUUAUCUCUACAACAAGAACAGCAGAGCCAAGAGAUCAAUUGGGAACAAAUACCUGAAGGAAUCAGUGAUUUGGAACUAGCAAAGAAACUCCAAGAAGAAGAGGAUAGACGAGCUUCUCAAUAUUACCAGGAACAGGAACAAGCAGCAGCAGCUGCUGCUUCUGCUUCUACACAGGCCCAGCAAAGCCAGCCAGCACAAGCCUCUCCAUCGAGUGGCAGACAAUCUGGGAAUAGUGAACGUAAACGAAAGGAACCUCGAGAAAAAGAUAAAGAAAAAGAAAAGGAAAAAAAUAGCUGUGUCAUUUUGUAACAAGUGUGGGUCAUGUUGGAACCAUCUGUAUGUCUUCAGAAACAAAACCAUAGGAGGAAAGGAAGAAAAACCGAUAAAUACCGUCUGUGCCUGAUUUCCCAAUGGAUUUUGUUCAUGUUUUUCAGGGGAAAGGUUGUUACUUAGUUACAAUCAGACUUUUUCAAGUCACACAGUACACUCUUCAUGAGCUGGAGUUUCAUGUUACAAGUUGAAAAUGCUGUGUGUUGUCAUUCAUGAAAAAUAAUGCACUUGUAGCCAAAUAAGCAAAUCACAGCAAAUUUGUGUCAUAGUGACAUUCAUAACUCAUAUCAGUUAGUAAGCUAUUUCAUCUUCUAUUCUAACAAUGAAUAGUAUUCAUUGUUUCCUUCCUCAAAUCUAAAUAUUAGCACAAUAAUUUCUGAAAUUAAUUUUUACAAUGUUAAAUUAUGAUCUAAUCCAUGAGAAACCAGGGGUUUAAUAUAGAUUUAAAAAGAAAAGAAAAGACACAAAUAACAAGAAUAAAUAACCCUCAAUUAUAUAUUGGACUAGUUCAGCCCUUGAACAGCUUUACGUUUCUUUAGGAAUGUACAUUUUAGAUAUAUCUUGAGAACUGAUAAUGGAGCUUGGAUUUAAUUUAGAUAGAAAAAAAAGAUUUGUAUUUCUUUUCCAAUAAAAAAAAAUUACAUAACACCAAUACUCAUCAAAAUCAAAUCUUAAUAACUUUGUAGUGUUAUAAAAUUUGAGGAAUUUUGAAAUCUUUAAUAAAGGUUACUUGGACCACAGUUACUAUUUAUUGAUAGUGUGAUAAGUGAGUAUAAAGAGGAAACCAUGUGGAUGCUAGGCCUUGUAAAUAUGGAGAUGUAGAAAUAGAAAAGGAGAUAGUUCAGUGUCUACCUUUUUCUAAAAUUACCUUGAACCUUAAAUUUUAAAUGUUUAUUUUUUAGAAAAUUAAGUAUACUUAUUAAAACCAACAAAAAAGCACAUUUUUGAAAUGAUGUUAGAUACUCUCUCAGUCUAGUGGAAAAACAUUAGUAAAAAUCUGUUUGAGGAUAAGAAUCUGGAGGAAUUUAUGUAGAAGCAAUCAGAUUAUUCUAACUUAUGAGAACCAAAUAAACCUAUAACAUCUUAUAGUGUUUCUAGGAUUCAGAAAGAAUAUUUAUUGAACUUUAUUAUGAGGCAACACAUAUUUUCCUGUAUUUCUAUAGUUUGGAAAACUUUCCUUAAUAGUCCUUUUUAUAUGCUUUAUAUUUAAAAGUUUGUUUUAGUCAUUUUUGAAAAGACUGUUGCUGCUGCAAGUAGUUACGUGAUUUACAUUCUAAGCCUCAGUAAAUUUGUUUGUUCAAGAGCAUCUUAAUCUAACCUGAGCAUCCACUUGGAGAAUGCUUUUUGUGGUCUGGGGUGACAAAAGACUACACAAAAAAUGUGGUCUUGAUUUCUUAAGCUAUGUCCUUAACAUUCUCCGUGAUCCAGGACCAGAUAUAAGAUAAAUCUAUAUGUAAAAAGUAAAGUCUUAUUUAUGGAAGAAAUUAUUCUAAGGGAAAUAUCCAGGGUCAAGCUGUAUCUUUUACAUCCUUCUAUAUUGCAUGUCUGUUUAUGUUAUACCAUUUGUUAUUCCUUCAAAUUUCAUAUGCUAGCAUAAAUCAUCAGAGAACCUGUUUGGGGUAUAAAACUUUCAUACAAAAUAUUUGGUUAGUCUCUUAAUAAUAACCCAGAAUAUGUGUAUAUUGCUAAAGUAAUCAAAUGUACUACAGAAUUCUCUAUUGGCUCAAACAAGUUGAUUUUUAGGCCAAGUUUAUUCUUGAUAUCACUCUGUUGGUUAAAGGAGGAAACUCAAACCUCAGUGUUUGUUUUUCCCAGAACAGAUAGUAGUGACAGUGCAUUAUAUUUUAUUAAGAAGCAAAACAAUAAAUCCUUAGAAAUUUUAAAAAACAUAUUUGAGACAUAUUUUCCCAUAAUUAUAUACUUAACUAUUUAUUGCCCUUGCAAAGUAUAUGUGUAGAAUGUAUUCUUCUGUUAAUUGUUACUGUCUUAAUUUGUUCCAAAGAUAACACUGCCAUUCUGCAGUCCCAUUAGAAGAAAAAAAAAUUCACUCAAAACCAGCAGUGCUGCUAUCAGAUAAGUAAAUGUCAACGUAUACUUAUAAGAAAUAACUAAGAAAUGUUAUGUGUUUGUUAAUUCAACCUUUUUCUAUGUAAUAUUUCCCAGUCAGGCUUUCUUACAUUCCUGGAAUUCAGUUUGAUAUACCAAGAGUAAUAAUGAUAAAAUGUUUACUUUGAAUACUGUGGGGGAAAAUUAAAUGUUCAAUUCUAUUAAAAAAAAAAAAACUUCUGAGAGAUACUGGUUUCCCAUCCUUGAAAGUUAUAAAGAAUUUAGAGCUAUUAUGUCUUUAUUUUGCUCAAGUCAACAAAUUACAUAUUCAGACAUUUCAUUGUUGGUUUAGGUGCACUGGAAUUUGAUAGUGGUAUAUUAAAGUCUUUCCUUCACAGUAUUUUAUAAUGCUUGAAAACUGUUACAUGUGCACUGCUAGUAGAAAUUAGAACUUAAACAUUUUUGUUUUUAAGAUUUAUAGGCUAGAUUAGAGACACAUUUGCAUCAACCAGUCACCUCUUCUGCAACCAGAGCUAGCAAAAGAAGCAGAUGAAUGAAUGGAUAUGGUCAUUGAACUGUCUCAUACUUCAAAGACUUUUCCUUAAGUACGAGGGCCUCUCUCACUGUUGUGGCCUCUCCUGUUGAGAAGCACAGGCUCCGGACGCGCAGGCUCAGCGGCCAUGGCUCACAGGCCCAGCCGCUCCGCGGCACGUGGGAUCUUCCCAGCAGGGCACGAACCCGUGUCCCCUGCAUCGGCAGGCGGACUCUCAACCACUGUGACACCAGGGAAGCCCCCCACCUUGAGCUGCUGCUGUUGCCUUCUCAGUUCCUCUCGUUCUCGAGCAAUACGUUCAGCUUCCUUACGUCGUUCCUUCAGACAACAUAGAAGGAAGAACCAACCAAUGCAAAAUGAAAACAUAAGGUUUCUCAGACGACCUCUUCUCUUCUUUUUUGACUGAGGCUUGUGUCCUGACCAUACCACAACACGCAAGAAAACAACAAAAUGAGGACUACUUCAUCAGUGUACCAAGAAAGUCUAUAUGCUUAUCAACAAAAUAAAUCCUUACUUGCUACUUC